UUUUUAUUUCAACUAUCAAUAUCAAUCGACGGUGCAUUGCAAAAUAAUCGACGGUGCUUAUUGACGGCAAGUGCAAUAUUAAUUACCGCUGACUUUUCAAAUGAAAGAGUCCUUAAAAUACAAUGUAUAAUGUAUGAGCAUCCUUAUACGUUAAUUAUACGCUUUGAAUUCGUGAAAUAUUUUCCCUGCAUAUUUUGCCGUGAAGCAACACGACAUAAAUACAACCUUCAACGUAUAAAUGCCGUAGAAGUUCAGUGGACAACCAAAUCCUCUUGUAUUCAUGUGAAAUUUACUUGACCUACGCUUAUUUAGCGAAGAUAUUGACGACCAAGAAUCUUCGAUUACUCUAAUCCUAACGAAAUAUAUUUUAUGAAGAGCAUUUUGAAAAUUUGAAUCGAAGUAUUGAGAACGAACGUCGGCGCAUCGCGCGAAAACUUGAAAAGUGUAACGUAUCAGAAACAACAAGCAUCAGUAGUUACUCGAGAGAGAAUGGUUUCAAUCAAAGAGUGUCAUUACAUGUUUGUAGAUGUAGAUCAUUUGGGCUAUUGGAGUCUUGAAAAGGACUGUUGGCGUUGGUGCUGACUGAUGUCUUGACAACUUGAACAUUAGUCUUCUUGAAUAUUGGCAAAUCCAACACCAACAAUCCUUUGCACUACUUCACUAACCUGGACAAUCUUGAAACAUAUAGCUCCACGGAUGAAUCGAUUAUUUGGAGGGGUGACAAUAGCAAUGUAAGAAGAGAAGAAAGACAAGCCAACAUUACAGAUUACAAUUUUGCAAACGGAAACAUUAAGAUAUCUGAAGAAGACAGCAGAAACAAAAUGAGUACAUUUGACACACGAACUUACUCACAAGAGUACACACAGCAUUCGCGAAGUGCAAGAACAACGACCUCACAAUAUACCUACCGCACUGUUAACGGUGAAAAUAUUGAUCAUGACGAGGUGCCAUACGGAAAUGUUGAUCGCCGUGAAGAAGUACAGAGGUACACCUACACCACACAAAACGGAUAUGGCGAUGGUCGUUAUGGUUACCCGGGACCGGAGUAUCGAAGUGGAGCUCACUAUCCUCCCAAUGCGAGGAAUAGUCCCAGUCCCCAAGGAUCUAGUGAAGGUCUUCAGCGACAAACAAACUCAUACGAGGAAUCCUUUCCACCUCCUGUCGACGAAAGACCUGGAUCGGCAUCUGGUUUGUCACGUGGUGUGGACUAUCCUUACCAGUCCCAAACUCUACCACGGAGCUUUGGUCAAAAUGAUACGGAGGAAAUUCCACAAGGGGGGUCGUCCACCUUGCCAAGACAGUCUCAGAAACAAAGGGAAAACAUCACGUACAAUCUCAGCAUGAAAGUCGGCGAUGUUCGCGGUUCUGGUGCCGAUGGAAACGUCUACAUUCAACUGUUUGGAACCGAAGGAAAGACUGCAAAGAUUCAAUUACGACAAGCUGGCGACACUAGAAAUAAAUUUGAGAAGGGAAAAACGUAUAAAUUUACCGUAGAUACGGUCGACAUUGGACAACUUGAACGUAUAAAGUUAAGUCACGAUCACCGAGGCUACGGUUCGGGCUUCUUUGUCGACGAGGUCGAAGUGGAAGUUCCUUCGAAAAACGACCGCGUGACCUUCCCAUGUAAUUGCUGGCUCGCACAAGACCUGGACGGCGGUGCCAACGAAAGAGAUAUGGUUGCAACACAACCUUCCAAACCAUCUCUCCCAAGCAAAGUUUACACGGUGUCUGUUCGUGUUGGUGAAGUGAUCAACUCACAAACGACCCUUUAUAUUCAACUAUUCGGCGAAAACGCCGACACCAGCAAGAUUAUGUUGCGACCAGCUGGACCGUCGUUGUCCAAGUUCGAACCGGGAAGAACUUAUAAAUUCAUCGUCGAAACUGUCGACAUCGGAAAGGUCAUGAGGUUACGUAUGGGUCAAGACAGUAAGACGGGGGGUCGUGGUCUAUAUGUCGAGACUAUCGAGAUCGAUCCGGAGGGAGGAGAGAGUGUUUUGUUUCCAUGUCAAGCUUGGUCCGACGAAGAUGAUCACACACAACAGGAUAUAUUCCCCGAACCCCAAGUUGACCAGAAAGAUAACGUUGACUAUCAUCUUAUCAUUCGCACUGGCGAUAUAAAGGACGCAGGGACGAAUGCUCCUGUCUUUAUACAGCUCAUAGGAGAUGAAGGCGAGACCGAGCGGAUCGAAUUGAGUCCUGGGGGGACUGGCGACAAUCGCUUCGGUGAGGGAAGGACCGAUAAAUUUGUCAUCGGCACAAUUGACGUUGGCAAGCCUGAAAGAAUUCGUAUUGGUCACUUGGGACGUGACCCUGACUCAAAUUGGUACCUGGAUGAAGUUAUUGUUGAUAUCCCUACACGUAAUGAACAUUAUGUGUAUCCCCAUCAUGCGUGGUUAGCCGCUGACCGAGGUGAUGGCAGAACCGAAACGGAGUUGUACGGAGAAAUCUACAAAGUUCCCUUGGGUGCUGGGGCUCCGCCCUUGUCCCAAUCCACAGUUGCACCGAAGCAGUCGUACGGUGAGCAAGAUGUGGGCGACGAUGAGCCAUCGUACGCUGACGAAGAAUUUCCAGAUCCUCCUGACAUGAAAGACAACGAUCUGGUAGACGGACCGGAGGCGGCUGUUGAGGAAGUUAUUCAACAAACCGAUAUGGGCAAACUUGAAGCUUCGACAGAUUAUGGGAUGCCGAGUUCUCCUCCACGAAGUUUAUCCCCGGAUAAAGCACCUAAUUUGAAAGAAGGAACGUCCGACAAAUCUUCGGUUUCGGACGAAGCAGAAGGCAAAGCAGCUACUGUGACUUACGAGCUUUGCCUGAAGAUGGGCGAUGUGCAAGGCACGGGGACUGAAGGCUCUGUCUUUGUGGAAUUGAUCGGAAGCAUCGGGAACACGGAGAGAAUCAUUCUCCGAGAAUCUGAUGAUUCGAGAAUAAAAUUCGCGAAAGGAAAGAGUUAUAAGUUCACCAUUGAAACAGCCGAUAUUGGACUGGUCGAGAGAGUUUGCGUUGGUCAUGAUGCCCGUGGCCCUGGUGUCGGCUGGUAUCUCGAUGAAAUAAGCGUUUACGUACCGUCACGUGAUGAGGAGAUUGUGUUUUCAUGCCACUGCUGGCUUGCAGAGGACAAGGAUGAUGGAAGACUGGAACGAGAAUUAUCAUCAACGCUAGCGACUUACCAUCUUGCUCUGGCAACUGGUGACGUUGAUAACGGUGGUACCGAAGCUGUCCCUUACGUGCAAAUUUUUGGUGAACGCGGCGACACGGGAAUCAUCGAAUUGCGGAAAGAAGCAAGCUCCGGUUUCGUGCGCGGCAAAACAGAUUUUUUCAACGUAGAUGCGGUGGACAUCGGGGCGAUCCAGAAGAUUCGCGUUGGACAUAAUGGACAGGGCUACGAAAGCGGAUGGUUUUUGGAAGAAGUAGUUUUAGACUGUCCCCAGCAUGGCGAACAUCUCAUAUUUCCCGCUCAUAUCUGGCUUUCCGAUGUCGAGUCCGACCAAAAGACAGAAAGGGAGUUUUAUCCCGAGCCAGUUGCCACGUACAAGGUCUUCAUACGAACCGGCAAUCGGCUGAAUUCCGGCACGGACGCCAGUGUAUACAUGCAGAUAUUUGGGGAUCUUGGUGAUACGGGAAUUAUCGAUUUAAAGCAGGUGAUGACGUCGACAAGAGGUCAAUUUUCCGCCGGAAAUGAAUGCAAAUUUGAGAUGGACACCGUGGACGUCGGCAUGUUGGAGAAAGUUCGUAUUGGUCAUGACAACAGUGGACGCGACCCUUCGUGGUAUCUCGACGAGGUCAUGAUCAUUCUUCGCGAGGAAUGCUGGGUACUGCCCUGUCAUGAUUGGCUGGACGAGGUGCGCGAAUGCGAUACAGAGCGCAUUCUGUUCCCAGAGAUGAAGACCUUCGCCGAGGAACCUGAACUCGAAGAUCUGAUCGAGUAUCUUCGCAGUGACGAUGUUGUUCUCAUCGUUAAUGCCGAAGCCUAUCUACAGCAUUUGUUCUUUAAAGACGAAGAAACCAAGAAUAAGUUUCGGGCCUUGAAAGGCAUUCCGCCAUUGGUUCGUCUGUUGGACAGCAGGAACGAAGACAUACACAAAGGAGCAGCGGGGACUUUGAGGAACCUUUCUUUCAGUAAACAGAGCGACGAGAGUAAGAUUGAAAUAUGUCGUUACGAUGGUAUGAAGGCGAUGAUGCGUCUACUUCAGCGGACGGAAAGAGUCGAGGUCAAGGACCUGCUGUUGUCAAUAAUCUGGAACUUGUCAUCUUGCGAGGCGCUGAAAAGGCAAAUACUUGACGAGUGCCUUGUCUUCAUCGUCACAUCAUAUGUAAUACCUGAUUCUGGUUGGGAUAAGCGCGACAUCGAGCCUGUGAGAUGGACGUUUUCUUUUAGAAAUGCCACAGGUGUCUUGAGGAAUUUAUCGUCUGCGGGUGUCGAAGCCAGAACAAGGCUGCGUGACGUCUAUGGUUUGAUCGACUCUUUACUAUACGUCAUCAGACUAUCGCUCGGGAAAUCAGGAAUUGAUCCUAAGACCGUAGAGAACUGUGUUUGCAUAUUGCGCAAUCUUUCCUAUCGUCUGGAAGAAGAGGUCGAUCGAAACAAAUACCACGACACGGAUGUGGAUCCUGAUCGUCCAGACAGGAGUAUAUAUGGCGGCCCCGAGAAAAGCAGCUCGAGUUUCUUCAGUAGGAAAUCUAAAAAGAAGGGACAAGGCGACCAGAGCACCAUCGACCGUCACGCAAGAAAUAUCAAGGAAGGCGUCGCCUUGCUUUGGCAGCCUGAGGUCUUGAGUCCUCUGCUUGUUCUCCUGGCUGAGUCUACCAUUGCAGAGACGCUAGAGGCAGCCGUCGGCAUGAUCCACAACCUGACUGCGUGUUCAUGGAGGUGGUCUGCCCUUUUGCGUUCGACGUUAAGAAGAGAGAAAGGUCUUCCGAUUCUAGUCGAGCUUCUCCGAGUGAAUGACGAUGGCGUCAUUCGUGCGGACGCCACUGCACUUCGGAAUCUCGCGCUUGAUGCCAGAAAUAAAGUCGUUAUCGGGAAAUACGCGAUGAAGGACCUUGUGUAUCGGUUGCCUUCCGGUGAAGGUAGUCAAGGCAUCACGGAACCAACUUACGGUGCGAUCAUCUGUACCAUUCAUCAACUGGUAGAUCAAGACUCACAAAAUGCGAAAGCGGUUCGUGACGUUGGCGGUGUCGUGAAACUUGUGAAGAUAGCGAAAGGGAAUUUUGAUCCAAAAGUCGUGAAAACAGCUAACCAGGUUCUCAUAUCCAUGUGGAAUUUCAAGGAGACGCGUUCAGUCAUCGACAAGCAGGGCUGGCAGUUUACCAAGACCGUAUCUGAUGAAUAUGGCCAAUCCCCCCGUCCGAGAGCUUUCGAUGACGUCACUUUACCCCGAAGUGGUUACAAGUCGUACGACAGACAAGUGAGUCAACCAUUCUUCCUUUCUCAACCCGCGGAUGAAACGCGUGAUCUCGAGAGGCGUGGCUACGCUGUUCCCAACGGCAAUACUUCCCGUUCGUCUCCCAGCAUCGAACGAGAACCGUCCCCAGUUCCCCCACAAGAACCUCAACCGGAGGCUGCCAACUUGGACGGUUCUCCGCUGUACGCUAAAGUUAACAAGAAUCGUCGUCCAGAGGGAGAUGGAGAAGGCGUUAAUGAUUCGUGGGUCUAGAAUUAUUGCACUCAUAAGUAAAUAUAGCGUUGAUUAUAUUAUGAUAUUAAAUUUGCAGAAAAUUCAGGUGCAUCGGCACAGACAACAGCGACAUAAUUGACUGUUGACACUUCAAUUGACUGAACCAAAUUUCUGAUUUUUAGUUAGACGGGGCGAGUAAAUCGAGAUCGUUAAAAUGCACGUUUCGUCGUUUUUUUUUGACAUCUUGUUAGUUCAAGUCGGUUUUCUAUCGCAUCCCAGCCUAUCGUUAUUAUAUUUUCUCUUGCUCUUUCUGAUGAUGAGAAAACAAAUGUUUCUUUUACGAGUUAACGACUCUGGUGAAGCGGAGAAAACCUGCUUUGAGUAGUUGUAUUUUUAUCAUUUCUUAUUUUUCGUGAACGCCAACCGAAAAACGCAUCCAUUUUGAAAUUUUAGCGCUUUUUUUUCCACCACUAAUCUCAAUAUUCAAAUAUAUAUGAAUAAAAAUAUACAUCGAGUUUACUGCUCUCCACAAACCACUAAUGUACGUUUUUGUAGUAUCGAAGUAUGAAAAUAUGUUAUGUUAUAUUAGCUAUCUUGAUGUAAUUUUUAAUACAAAAGUAAAAAGAUGGUACAAACUUGUCAA